AGGGAGUUAUCAUAUGGAGAAGGAAGGCCUAAGAAGAAGCUUACACCUUUUGGAGGCAAACAGUGUAAUGGUGGACACUGUUAUCAGUGACCGUCACCUUCAGGUCCAAAAGCUUCUGAGGGAUCACAACAUCAACCACUACUUUGACAUAUGGCAUGUGGCAAAAGGGCUGUCCAAGAAGAUUGACAAAAUUAGCACAGAAAAGGGCUCGGAUUUGGUAAAGAAAUGGCAUCGCAGUAUCACCAAUCACCUUUACUGGUCGGCAACAUUCUCCAAGUCUGGACCGGAGAAAAUAGCCAAAUGGACCUCCAUAGUGAAUCACAUGCAAAAUAUCCAUAAACACUCGAACCGAGCUUUCCCUCGAUGUUUACAUCCUCGAAAGAUUUCAAGGGCCGUUCGAAAGUGGUUCACACCAGGGUUACCAGCAUUCAACCGAAUUCAUCGGGUCCUUACAAACAAGCGACUUCUCAGUGAUGUCGAGAAGUUGAGCCCAACCUAUCAAACCUCUGCCGUGGAGUCUUUUCACAGCAUCAUACUGAGGUUUGCGCCCAAGAAUGUGGUCUUUCCCUACAUAGGAAUGCUGUGCAGAUUGUACUUAGCUGCCAUGCAUUUCAAUGAAAACUGUGAGCGUCCCCAGAUGACAACAGUGAAAGGAGAACUGAUCUACAGGCUUUCUUUUCCCAAGGCCAAAAAGGGAGGCCAUGUUGUCAAACCAGUGAAAACAGAGGCAACAUGCUGUUAUGCCCUCAAUAUGAUUCAGCUGGUCUUUGACAAAAUCGUUCAGGACCCUCACCCAUACAUCACAGAGCUGAAGAGAGUACCAGUACCCCCAAACCUGUGCGCCACACUUGACCGACCCACCAAGAAGGAAGCAGUUGCUCGCCAUGUGUCGCGGUUUAGUCAAGGGGGGGUUUGAAUCCCACAUACUGUCCAGAUGAGUCGGGAAACUCCAUCCUAAUACGAUGCACAACACAGGAUGGUAUAACCACACGUACACUACGGCCAAGAAAGCCCCAGCACCAACUGACAAACCAGCGAUAUGCCAAGUAUCUGC